GUUCCAUGGCCACCGAAAGGAUGCAUAGAUACACGUUUCUAACGGUGAGCAAGAAGAGAGGAGGGAAGCUCCUGAGAGAAAAGGGAAAAUAAAAUGGCGUAGAAAUUGUUCGGAGUGGGAGCUAGUGUCCAAAGCACCGUCAAUGUAGGCUGUUUGACCUGCAACGUCCAAAGAAAAGUGGAGCGGGCGAAGGUUGCGCACGUCGACCGGUUGCAUGGCCACUUGGCGGCCGUCGGGCAAAUCCUGGAAGGAGAAAUUUUCCCAGAGCUGUCGAAAUGGCGACUUGGAACGCGUGGAAGAGCUGCUCUCAACUAUGGAUGAUAGCGAGGAUGACGGGGGCUAUGCGUUGUGGACAGCAUCCGGAUAUGGCAUGCAGAAGCUCAUCCUGUCCAUCCUCAAUCUAGGAGUCAAUGUCAACUCCCAAUGUGAACAGGAUGGUAUGGCAGCACUUCAUCGAGCUGCAAAAAAUGGACACCUGGAGGCGGCCGGAGUACUGAUCGGUGGAUCCGCGAAUGUCAACGCUGCAACUCUGGAUGGCUCGACACCGCUACACCUGGCGUCACGAGGUGGUCACAUUCCAGUGAUCAAGAAGCUCAUCUGCUGUGGGGCUGACGUCAACGCCCAGACAAUAGAUGGCUCCACAGCGUUGCACUUUGCGUCGCACAAUGGCCAUCACAAGGUUGUCCGUAUCUUGGUUGACGCUGAUGCAGACGUUGCUAUUGGCACAAAGGAUAUGACCACUCCUUUGCACUGCGCAGCGAUUCUGGGCUCACUGGACAUCGCCAUCAUCCUGUUUGAGGCUGGUGCUAGCCCAUGUGUGGCGGAUCAGGAGGGUCUAACGCCGUUGCACAUUGCGGCCAAGCAUGGACACAGCGGACUGUUGGAGUUGCUUGUCUCUGCGGGUGCGAAUCUUUGGGAAUUGACUAAGGACAAUGAGACGGUGUUGCAUUUGUGUGCGGAGACCGGCAACUCCGCCGCUGCAAGUGUACUGAUACAUGCCAGCAAGGAGAGAGGUGUCAAGGCGAAGGUCAGCAACCGGUGGAGCGUUGCAAAUCUUGAGACGGCUUGCGCUGCUGGUGCUCGUGCAGGUGCCCAUGCUGCUGGCAGCAGUGGCAACCGAGCUAGUGCUGGUGUUGCUACUGCUGCAGCUGCGGAUGCUACUGCCUGUGGUGGUCUACGCGCUGCUACCCCAACUACUGCAGCUACCGUUGAUGCUGCUAUGAAGCCUGCAUUGGAAGAACUCGACUAUCUUCACCUAAAGAACAAGGACGGCAAGACGGCAUUGCACUUGGCCGUGUUGAAGAAAUGCUACAACCUGGCCCAGGACCUCAUGUGCGCUGGUGUGGACCCAAAGAUUACGGAUGAGAAUCAAUGUACUCCAUUGCAUUAUGCGGCUCAGCACGAGUUCUUAGAGAUAAUCCGCUUGCUGCUGGAUCAUGGCGCGAAUCUCAACGCCAAGAACUCGGAUGGGCAGACUGCGCGUGAUCUUGCUGUGCAAGUACAAGGCCGUCAUGGACGAGCAGUUGCGAUCCUGGAGAAUGCGGCAAUGGUGAUGCAACUUCUUCAGUAUGGCACCUGUGAUUGCGAGGAUGUUACCAUUGCCAUUGGCGGUGCUCCCGGUGCUGGCAAGACAACGUUUGUUGAUUCUUACGGAGUUACCCGGGUGGAGGGGAUUUUCCGCUACGAGAACUCCCGUGAUCGCGGCGCUACAGACCCGGCAACGCGCACUCGAGGUAUUCGCCUGGUGGCGGUCAAGGACACGUCGGGUCGAGUGCACACCAAACACUUCAUGGACUUUGGUGGGCAUGAGGAUUUCAUACCUGCGCAUAGCCUCUUCCUCAGCGAGAGCAGUACGCCGUCGCUAGCAAUACUUCUUCUUGACGGAUCCAAAGACGAGUCCGACAUGGCUCAGCAACUCGAGCAGUGGUGCGGUGUAUUCAUCAGCUGUAACCGCGAGCUGCCGAGGAGAGAGAAGCAGACGGGUCCCUGCGGUGCAGAGGCGUUCGCAAUGAUGCCCGAUCGUCGCAUGCCAAUGAUUGUGAUUGUCAGCCGAGGAACGAGCUUGGACGGGGGAAAGCGCCAGCGCAUCUGGGACCUCUAUCAGAGCGUGUGCGGAAAGUUCCGCAUGUACUUGGACUUUGAGCAGGAGCCUAUCUUCUUGGACUGCCGCAAAUCCUACUCGGAGAAGAUGGUUGCAUUGCGAGCAAGAAUAAAUGCAAUCUCCAACAGGCUGAUGAAGCAAGCUGGGCAGCAGCCACGCUUAAUACAGGCGAUCCGAAAGGCCCUGCCAAGGGUACGCAAGCACGUUGGCAAGCCGUUCUGCUAUCGACCGGCGUUCACUGCUGCUCUGCUGGAUGCGCUCAAGGCCGACGGCAAGGCGACCAACUCGAUCGAUUUCAGCGGCUCUUCGGCGCGGCAAGCGAUUGAACCAGCUCUGCGCCUUCUCUCGUGCUAUGGCGAGCUUGUGACUUUUGAGUCGCCCACACUGAAAGAUACUAUUGUCAUCGAGCCAGAAUGGUUGCUGACGACAAUCGUCGGCCAGCUCUGCUCCCCGAAGUUCUUUUUCCCUCAGCUGCGCGUCACGUUUGAGAAGGGCCGGGCGGCCAAAGAAGACGUUGUACAGCGUCUUACCGCGCCGCACCAGCCCGGCGCAAUGGUGCUGGACAUGCUGAUGCAGCUAGGACUGUGCGUCGUUGAGCAGAACAACGUGAUCGUGCCCAGCAAGCUGCCACCGCUGGACAGCGAUCACACGCAGAUAGGCAACUGGCAGGCCAGGACCACGCCGCUCAAGUACGCCGGGGUGCGCUUCUCCUGCGAGGAGAGCAUCCCUCUCUCCGCCGGAUUUGUCGUCCUGCUGCAGACACGCACGUUCUCCGAGUUUCAACAGCAGCAGGGCAAAAUAUCUCGCCUGUGGCUGCGCGGCGUCGGUGUAUCCCCCUGUGCCAGUGAAGUUCAGGGAACCAUCGGGGUUCACCCGACACGCUUGGCCGUGGACGUGGCAGUACGAGGUCCAGCCGGCAGCCAGCGCGACAUGUUUGCACUGCUUCACAUCCUUUGCGAGUUGGUCGUCAGCUCAGCGACUCAAUACAGCCCAGGCACGGUGCUGUGCAAGCUGGUUCUCAGUGCUGCUGAGCUUCAAGACAAGGUGGAGACCCCCACACUCGCAUACCCGGGCGUCACCUAUCUCCCGAGCGACGUGGAGAACGCUAUCCGCGGCAAUCGCAUUGUGGAGAGCACGGACAGCGAAGUCAGCGACCGAGCUCUAGAUCUCCUACACUUGCCGCCAACUCACAUCCACCUGAUUUCUGCAUGCAGCCUGGAGAAGCUGUGUGAGGUAUUGGACACUCCGAGCGAUCGCGACUGGAAACAUCUUGCCGAGCGUCUGGGCUUCACGUGUGCUGAGAUCUCGACCAGCAUUGGCCAGACUCCUGGCUCCAAGACGGCUGCAUUACUACAGCGCUGGGCCAGAAAAAGUCCAAACAACUGUGUGGAGCGUCUGCUACGUGUCCAGGAACACCCGAGCAAAGGCAAUAUACCUGCGGCCAAGAUCCUGCGCGAGGAGCUGCAAAAGCCAUUCCUUGGUACACCCAAUCUCUUUGUGGCUCGCAAGAUGGGCUGCAGGGACUUGUGGAUAAGUCAUCACGGAGUCAGCUUCACACUGGAUAGUGAGGAUCAGUGACAGGACUGCCGGAAACAGUUUUCAAUUGGUCUGGCCAUAUACCAUACAUACUUUGUGUAUAAUAUGGCAGGGACAUAUGCCAUCCUCAGCAGUAAACGUGUGUUGACACAGUUGAUCCGGUGUCAACUGAGUGGAGAUGGAAGAUUUCCGGCCGGACCCGGAAAGACGUUUGAAUGGUGCCUGGUGCUCCUCGUAGUGUGCAUGUGUGUGUGUGCAUGUGUGUCCAUGUGUGUGUGCGUGUGUGUGUGUGCGUGCGUGUGUGUGUGUGUGUGCGCGUGUGUGUAUGUGCGUAUGUGCCUGUGCGUCUGCAUGUGUGUGCGUAGGAUUGCAUGCAGGAUGUCGAAUGAAUAACUUUAUCUGUUGUAAAGCAUGCCCAUUCCUUUGGCCUCUGCAGUAAAUGCAGAAGGAACUGCUCAGGCUCUGUGCACACAGCCUGUUCACUGGAUGCCAGUGCUGCCUCUUUUUUCAUUUUCAUUUGAAGAUGUAUUUUUUCAUAAUCAGCACUCUGCUGCAAUGAAGAUCUUGUUAAUUGCUAGUGCAUGAAACAGAGCCCACUAGGCAUUCUAUGAACGAUAGGGACUUCUUUUGAAUUAUGCCUUGACAUCAUCACUAUGUUCGUUGACACGCAUUGCCAGUCUUUCGCUUUCUCCCACUUGUUUAAAAAAAAUCUUUAUUAGAGGUGAUAUGUUGUCUUCGAUCUGUGCGGCA